AUGUCAGGAAGUACUACCCCUUCGAUGUCAGCUUCAACACCAACACUAUACGAUUCGUCGACACCGCCAACUGAGCGUACCCAAUUAUUAGGGAAGAACAAACUCGUGGAGCCGCUAUCGCCCAUCCAAAUCCAAUCAAACGAAAAUGUAGAAUGUCAAGAACAAGAAGGAGAAGAAGUGGAAGUAUAUGAGCCGGGAAAGGCUACUUUUUCUCAGACACUGCUAAAUGUACUGGGAGACUUGAUUGGUACCGGAUUAUUGGCUGCUCCGAUAGCCAUUGCGCAUGCUGGAUGGGUGUUGGGUCCCAUUUUCUUAUGUUUAAUAUGCGUAUUGACCUUAUGGACGCUCAAGAUCUUUAUACGGAUCAUCGAGAGAGACCGUCGUAUGAGGAAUUUCGCAGAUGUCGCUAGAUAUGGAUUGGGGGCGACUGCGGAGAAGUGGAUAACGGGAUUGUUCGUUGGCGAUUGUUGCAUUUGGUUAAUCGCUCUUAUUGUUCUAUUUUCAGAUACCAUGGAAGCUGUAUGGCCUAUGUUCUCAAGUAAUCAAUGGAAAUUAAUUGGACUUGCAGUAAUAAUACCCCUAAACUUUGUUCCACUUCGAUAUCUCUCCUAUACCUCGUUCUUAGGUGUCUUAUCCACCUGGACAUUGGUUUCCAUACUCAUUUUCACUGGAUUGGCUACACCUGAAUCACCAGGAUCAAUACGUGAUCCUGCUCCAACUGAUUUAUGGCCAACUCAUGGAUGGAUCAAACUUGGAAUUUCGUUUGGGUUGCUUAUCAGUGGAUUCGGGGGUCAUUUCUUGGUACCAAACUUGAUUAGAGAUAUGAAACAUCCAGAACAGGCGGACAGAGUGGUUGAAGUUGCUUAUGGCAUUUGCAUCUUCGUCUAUGCUAUAGUGGCUGUAUUCGGUUAUCUCAUGUUUGGAAGGGAUGUCUCUGAUGAGGUCAGUCGAGAUUUAGCUAAAACAGCUGCUUUCUCACCUACAUUGGCAAAAAUCGCAGUGUGGAUGGUAGCUCUCAAUCCUCUUACCAAAUUGCCGCUGGGUUUACGACCGCUCAGUGACAUCAUAUAUACGUGGUUCCACCUUCAACCGACCGUAUUCUUGCCUACCAGGCAUACACCGACUAUAACGCCUUCAUAUACUUCACCUAAUUCGCCACCACCUCUAACGCCUGCAUCAACCACAUCAACUCUAACAAUGUUCCCUCUUCCCCCUACGACAUCUGCUGAAUCAGCUCAUGACAGAAGGGAAACAAUCAAAUCCAUUUUACGACCGUUGAUCUCGAUAAUUUUGGUCGGUUUUUUCGUUAUAGGCGCAUUCGUCUUACCUAGUUUUGAGACUGUCAUGGGGAUAAUGGGAGGCGGUUUAGCUGUCAUAAGUUGUAUCUUGAUUCCUAUUGCUGCAGGUGCAGGUGUAUGGGGAUGGACAACUUUCUCGAAGAUCGUCUUUGGGAUUGCCAGCGUUUACGCGGUCAUAGGUACCGCCUGCGCUUUGCUGAAUGAUGGGAAAGUAACUGUAUAG